AAGACAUGCGCCAGUUGCCGUACCUACAUCGAGCCAUUGAGUGAAUUCUGGGGAUUUAUUCUCUCAGUAAAACCUCGAGACACUUUAUUCAUGACUAACCAACCAUGUCUUCAGUCGAGUAUCUGAGAGAGUUUGUCAACAUCCGACUAACUGCUGCUGCCGAGGAAAUAUUCGGAGUUUUUAAAAGAACCAUCGUCGAGUAUGAAGAGGAGCUGGACCGACAGCGCAAACUGUUGGAUGUGGUUUUGAAGCCUGAGAUAAAGCUUCACAGAAUAGAGCUCCCGCAGCAAUAUGUCUGUAAGGAGGAGGAGGAGGAGGAUGAUGAUGAUGAGGAGGGUCUGGCUGAGCUGCAGCUCCGCAUUCAGGAGAUGAACUCCAGUAUGGACGAAGAUGACCCAGAGCCUCCACAGAUUAAAGAGGAAGAGGAGGAAGUGUGCAGCAGUCAGGAGGGAGAGCAGCUUGUACUGAAGCAGGAGACUGAUGGCUUCAUGUUGAUUCCUCCUUAUGACGGAAGCGAAGAUCAGACUCUGAACAUCAGACCUUACGAUGCUCUGAGUGCAGCAGAGAAAGAGUCUGUCGACGACAUACCAGUGACGAGCUUUGUGAUAUCAGACGAACACAGCGACCACCGACUGCUCUCUCACAGCUAUGAUGUCACUGAGAGCCGAGAUCAGGUUGGAGGCGAGCAGGAAGACUCGGGAUCACCUGGGAAUGCAGAGCUUCUCCCAAGACACCUUGAGAGUAAUAGCCACAGCAACAAUGUCUACAACUCUACUGUGUCAGAUAUGCUCCAUAACACUCAUGCAGAUGACAAGCCUUUCAAAUGUGACACAUGUGGGAAGGUUUUUAAGUAUAACUCAAAGCUGUUCAUACACCAGAGAGUCCACACAGGUGAGAAGCCGUAUUCUUGCAACAUCUGUGGGAAAAGCUUCAUCGAGAAAUCAGCGUUGAACACUCACAUACGAGGCCACUCAGGUGUGAAGCCGUAUCGCUGCGAAACCUGUGGAAAACAUUUCCGAUAUAACAACGCCUUGUUGGUGCACAUGAGAAUCCACUCGGGCGAGAGGCCGUUCACAUGUAAAACAUGCGGGAGAACUUUCAGACAGAACAGCGACUUGACAGUCCACAUGAGGAUCCACUCGGGCGAGAAGCCAUUCUCGUGCAAAACGUGUGGAAAAGCUUUCAGACACAACAGUCAGUUGACAGUCCACACGAGAAUCCACACAGGUGAGAAGCCGUACGUUUGCAACACCUGCGGGAAAAGACUCCGUGACACGUCCACGUUGAACAGGCAUGUAAGAAUCCACACAGGUGAGAAGCCAUAUACGUGUCCAAUAUGUGGGAGAGGUUUCAUACAGAAUAAUGACUUAAAAGCCCACAUGAGAAUCCACUCGAGUGACAAAACCAUGUCUUCAGUGGAGUAUCUGAGAGAGUUUGUCAACGUCCGACUAACUGCUGCUGCUGAAGAAAUAUUCGGAGUUUUUAAAAGAACCAUCGUCGAGUACGAAGAAGUGAUCGACCGUCAGCGCAGACUGUUGGAUAUCGUUUGGAAACCCGAUAUAAAGCUUCACAGGAUAGAGCUCCCGCAGCAGUAUGUCUGCAAAGAGGAGGAGGAGGUUCUCUCUGAUCAGCAGCAGCUACACAGGACAGAGCUCCCACGGCGACAUGUCUGUAAGGAGGAGGAGGAAGACCUUGCUGAGCAGCAGCUCUGUAUUCAGGAGAUGAACUCCAGUGUGGACCAAGAUGACUCAGAGCCUCCACAGAUUAAAGAGGAAGAGGAGGAAGUGUGCAGCAGUCAGGAGGAAGAGCAGCUUGUACUGAAGCAGGAGACUGAUGGCUUCAUGUUGAUUCCUCCUUAUGAGGAAAGUGACCACAGUGAACCAGAAACAAACAGUGACCACCAGCCGCUCUCUCACAGCUCUUAUGUCACUGAGAGCCGAUAUCAGGUUGGAGGCGAGCACGAAGACUCAGAAUCAACUAGAAAUACAGAGCUUCAACCGAAGAAAAGACAUCUUGAAAGUAGCAGACACAGGAACGAUGAUAACAACUGUACCAUGUCAAAGACUCACUGUGACACUCACACGGGCAAGAAGUCUUUUAAAUGUGACACGUGUGAGAAAGUUUUUAAGUAUAGUUCAAAACUGUACAGACACCAGAGAGUCCACACAGGUGUGAAGCGGUAUUCAUGUGACAUAUGUGGAAAACAUUUCCAAUUUAACAGUGGCUUGUCGGUGCACAUGAGAAUCCACUCAGGCGAGAAACCGUUUACAUGUAAAACAUGUGGGGGAACUUUCAGACAGAAAAGUGACUUGACAGUCCACAUGAGGAUCCACUCGGGCGAGAAGCCGUUUUUGUGCAAAACGUGUGGUAAAACUUUCAGACGUAAUGGUCAGUUAACGGUCCACAUGAGAAUCCACACAGGAGAGAAGCCGUACGAUUGUAAGACCUGCGGGAAAAGACUCCUCGACAUGUCCACGUUGAAAAGACAUUUAAGAAUCCACACAGGUGAAAAGCCAUUUGCAUGUGAGACAUGUGGGAGAGGUUUCAUACAGAACAGUGACUUGAAAACACACAUGAGAGUCCACUCUAGUGGGAAGUCAUAAUUUUGAGAGAUCUGCAUUAAAGAGACACUUUAAAGAUACUUUAAAGCAGCAAUCAUCAACUAUAUUGUCUUUAUAUGUAUGUUCAUCUAUAUAUGUUUAUUUAUACAUCCGUCUACAUGUAUAUAUACAUAUUUAUAUAUAUUUAUAUACUGUUUAUUAAUAAUAAUAAGGAAAAUGUUUUAAUAUACAAUAAAAUGUAAAACUAUUUGUUUGUAUUCUUUCAUGAUGACAAGCAGCAUCCCAUUUAUACAAGAUGUGAAU